CACACAGCUGGAAUCGUGAGAACAGCUACUGUAUUUGUUUGUUUCCUGCAUCAUGAUCACACGACCAGAGUCUCAAUUUAAAGGCAGAAUUUCCUCAAUAAUUCAGGUGUUUGUGGAGGCAGCAGUGACGGAAAUAUGUGAGCUUAUUGACCUUGAAGUAUCUACUUUACGCGCAGAACUGUCGCUGUGUCGCUCUGAGAACAGGAGCUCUACCAAAGCAAAGUUACAAUGUAACGAAGAUGCUUCCGCACAUAUUCAAAUUGAAUUCGCGACUGCAAACUGCGACAAUGUAUCACACGAAGCUGCUGCGGGCAUUGGACAUGCGGUGGGGGAAAUGUUCAAGAAUCAAGGAACUUCCAAAGCACCACAAGCGUACACUCUGUGGAACCAGCAGAGUGCCGUAGGAGGCGAAGGCAGCACAAAUGUUGCUAUUGAGAGCAAUGCAGCUGUUUCUGUCAAAAAGGAGCUGGUGGAGGAGUGUGAAGAGCCCCCGGACGGAGGUCAGCAGGAAGGUAUGUCUGCCAUUGCCACUGCCGUUCCUGUUGCCAGGGAGACCAUGAGAACGUCGCCAGCCGGCCAUAGUGCACUAGAAUGGCCCGGCUCUGACAGCUCCGCCCUCGGCAGCUCCAGCUCCGCCCUCGGCAGCUCCAGCACCGCCCUCUGCUCCAAAACCGAGCCGGACCCGGACCCGGAACCCGAACCAGAACUAGAACUCAAGCCCCAGCCUCUAGACGUGUCCUACACAAUGCCAGACGCCGUGCCGACCAGCAGUGGUCCCAGCUGCAUGGACCGCAGACCAACCCACGGAGGCGAGAGUGCGACUGUAUGGAACAGCGUUGCGCCAGAGAAGCAGUAUAGCGGGUCAUCACUGCACCAUCCGCAACAUCAGCAUCAGCAGCAGCAGCAGCAGCAGCAACAGCAACAGCAACAGAGUAGCGUUUCUAAGCAGUAUACUCGAUCAUCGCAGCAGCAGCAGCAGCAGCAGCAGCAGCAGCAGAAUAAUGUUGCUAUGGAGAGGCAAUACACUCGAUCAUCACAGCAGCAUCAGCAGCAUCACAAGGAUGUUGCUAUGGAGAGGCAGUAUACUCGAUCACAGCACCGGCAGCAGCAGAGUCGCACAGUCAACCAAUACACACAAUCAUCACAGCAGCAACAACAGCAGCAGCAGCAGCAGCAACAGCAACAGCUCAGACAGAGUGUGGAGAUGCAGAGGGGGUUGGACCAGGGUGGUGGUGGUGGUGGCGGUGGUUGCGGUGGCACAUUUUCAACCCACUGGACAAACACUGUGUCUCCCCCAAGAGUUCAACCCCACCCACCACCUGUCCCGUACUCAAACGAAGACACAUUGGAGUCGCUGGGGGUGUUCAGUGUGAGUCUUCCCCCGGGCAGCAGCUUGCACGGCGUCAGGGCAGACCUGUCUGACGGCUACCACCUGGGCGUCGUACCGGUGAGCCAGCCACCGGGGGCGCUAGAGGAGAACUUUAUUUGUCCCAUGUGUGGCAAGAUCCUGAGGACAGACCGGUCGCUGCGUGCCCACAUGAAGGACCACACCACGCUGCACAUCUGCAACUACUGUGGCAAGAGCUUCGCGCGGCUCACCAACCUCCGCGUGCACCAGAACAUCCACAUGGGACUGAAGCCGUACACCUGCGGCAUCUGCUGCAAGAAGUUCAGCGACCGCAGCAACUACAACCGCCACAGGUACCGCUGUGCCAAGGCCAACCGCAGCUAG